AUGACCAACGAACGUUUCAGUAUAUCUGCUCUCUUAAUAUGUGUGUGUUUCUUUAAGGUUUCAAAGUUCACUACUGAUCUGCAAAACUCUUACUUAACAUCGGAAACAAGUCAGAGCAACAACCAACUUCUUUUUUCUAUUAAGCGCCCUCCUUCUCCUCCUCCUCUACCACCACCACCACCUCCUCCUCCUCCUACUCUAUCACCUCAUCCUCCUCUACCUCCUAUUCCUCCUCUACCCCCUACUCCUUCUCCUCCUCCUCCUCCAUUACCACCACCACAAACUCCUCCUCCCACCUCCAUCUUCUUCCUCCCACCUCCUCUACCAACUCUUCCUCCUCCUCCUUCUCCUCCACUACCACCAACACCAACACUACCUCCUCCUCCUCCCCCUUCUGCUCCUCUUCCCCUCUUCCUCUACCACCUCCUCCUCUACUACCACCAUCUCCCUCCACUUCCUCCUCCCCUACUACCACCCCCCCUUCCCUCCUCCUCUUCCCCUCUGCCUCCUCCCCCAUUCUCCUCUUCCUCCUCCCCUACUACCCCUACUACCUCCACCUCCUCCUCCUCCUCCUCCACCACCUCUACUACCACUUCCUCCAUCCCUCCUCCUCUUCCUCCCACCUCCUCCUCCUCCUCUUCCCCCUCCUCCUCUACUACCAUCUCCUCCUCCUCCUAUUUACCCUCUUCCUCUUCCCCUCCUCCUCCUCCUCCAGCCAUGUGGUAUGAAGAGAAGCAGCAGCUCUUAUUAAACACCGGGACGACCCACCGACUCAACUAUGAUUGA